AUGGCGACCAAUGAGAACUCACAGCCACAAGAAGAGAAGCUCCCCGGAAUUAUCCACAUGGAGGCCUUCAACGACCAGAUCACCACUGCAGAACGAGUCAUGCUGUUCUCAAGCAUGUUCGUCGUCGGAUUCGCCUUCGGCCUCGACGCGCUUGUCCGAUCUACUUACCAAGGAUACGCAACCUCGAGCUAUUCCCAGCAUUCGCUGCUUUCGACAAUCAAUGUCAUCCGAGGAGUCAUCGCCGCUGCAUCUCAGCCCCUGGCUGCCAAGCUAUCCGACCUGAUUGGCCGCUUGCCCCUGUUCCUGAUCGUAGCUCUGUUCUACGUUGUUGGCACCAUCGUCGAAACCUGCGCCACUCAAGUACAACACUUUGCCGCCGGAGCUCUAUUGUACCAGAUCGGGUACACAUGCACGCUGUUGGUGCUCGAGAUCAUCAUUGCCGAUAUCACCUCGAUUCGAAGCCGUGUCAUUUUCGUGUUGCUUCCCAAUACGCCUUAUAUCAUCAACACUUGGAUCAGUGGCAAUGUUACUUCAGCUGUGCUUGAGGUAACCACCUGGAAAUGGGGCAUUGGCAUGUGGUGCAUCAUAUACCCGGUCUGCUUGAUCCCUUUUGUUACGAUCAUGACCAUCGUCGGACGGCGCGCUUCGAAAGCCAUUCCUCACGAGAUAAAAUACACGCCAUCGAAAGGAAACACAAGACUACAGAUGCUCGCAGAUGUCUUCCAUAAACUCGAUGUCGUAGGAGUCUUUCUUCUUACAGCUACUCUGUCUCUCACUCUCAUCCCCCUCACCUUGGCGGGAGGAGAAUCGAAGAAGUGGAAGACCGCCGGCAUCAUCACCCCCUUGGUGCUAGGCAUUCUCAUGAUUCCUGUUUUUGCUGUCUGGGAAAGAACUACGACCCAUCCGAUGAUGCCCAGGUACCUCCUCCGAGAGAGGGGCGUCUGGGCAGCGCUUCUUGUCGCCAUCUUCAUAUCCUUCUCUUGGUGCACACAGGCCGACUUUCUAUACACAGUUUUGAUCGUUGGAUUUGAUUUUAGCAUUGCCGAUUCGACCCGUAUCGCCUCUGUGUAUAGCUUCUGUGCUAUCGUCGGAGGAGUGUCCCUCGGCCUAGUCAUCAGAAAGAUCCGACGCCUUAAGCCCUUCAUUGUCGGCGGCAUUAGCCUUUGGCUUGUUGCAUAUGGUAUCAUGUUUCACUACCGUGGAGGCACUGAUACAAGUGCGAAGGCAGGUGUGAUCGCAGGCCAAGUCGUGCUAGGACUGACUGGCGGCUUCUUCUCCUAUCCCAAUAUGGCUGCCGCUCAGGCUCUCACCAAACACGAGGACAUCGCAGUUAUUACCAGCAUUAUGCUGACGAUGAACAAUGUUGGAGUGGCUCUUGGAAACACGGUCUCGGGCGCCAUUUGGACACAGACCUUAUAUGAUCGACUUCAAAAGGAUCUGGCUCCUAAUUUUGAACUCGCCCAGCAAGUCUAUGCCGCGCCAUUGUACGUGGUGCCUGAAUAUCCCGUUGGAACCCCCGAACGAACCGCUAUCAUCGAGAGCUAUCGAUACAUUCAACGCCUUUUGAUGAUUGCUGGUAUGUGUCUUGUGAUCCCAAUGCUCGCAUUUGCGAUGUGUUUGCGGGAUACUCGGCUACCGAAGCCGAAGAAGCCUGAGCUAUAA